AGUGACCCGGAAGCAACUGUAUCCAGUGUCGCGACCACGCUAUCCUCUCGUUUAAAGCCGCUUCUUUUUCAAAGAAAUCAGAGCACGUUAAUGUGAAAAGUCGUCUUAGAUUGCUGUUUUUUCGUAGUUUGAGGUUGUUUGACACCAAACUCAUCAGGUUUUCCGUAAAAGUAGCUUAGCUUGUUAAACUGAACCGGACAAAGAGGCUAAAAACCGUCUUUAACGAGUUUUUCAGAGGAGAAGAGAGCUCUGAUUAUCCACAGGAUGUCUAAAGUCCAAAUGUUGAGAGUUUUCGUGAACCAGAGACUGAGUGCAGCUGCUGAAGAGAUCUUUGAGCUGUUUGAAAGAACGAUAUUAGAGUACGAGGAGAAACUCUGUGGAGCUAAAGAGAAUCAACACAAACAAAAGAAGACCAACUACACAACAGGUUCGUAUCCUUUUAUUAUUGUCCUCUAUCAAUGAUUGUGGAAAAAACAACAUCAUUUUAAAGUUAUAGUUAUUUACAACAAUGAAAGUGAAGCAGUUAUUUAAUUGAACUGUAACCAGCCAAUAGAACCAAAGGGCCAAAACCUGAAGUUAGAGAGCCUCAGGAAAUAAGACCGAGUUAGAAAAGAACAGGGGAACAAUGGGGAGAAAAUUAGAGGAGAUAAGGUACAUACAGGUACAGACCGAAACACUUCAAUGACCCAAAAAAGUUGAUUUCCCUUAGUUUAAGUCAAACAAUGAAACUUCCAUUUAUUGCACACAAAGUGAAACAUUUCAGGAGUUUUUUGUUUGAUUACAGCUUAUAGCUCGUGAAAAUGAAAAAAAUACACCAGACUCUAGAUAAGAAAGAGGGACUUAAAUCCUGCUAAAGAGGAGGAGAAAAAGGAUAAAAGGUCAAGAUAGCACUUUAUGGGGAUCUUUUACAUUUGUUAGUGUUUCACAAAGUAUGUACGUUUCUCCUUUCAUGAUAAAAGUUAAACUUUGGUUUUAAUUCAACCCAGAUAUUCAGCAGCUGUUGGUGGGUAAAGAAGGGGAUCCCCCUGGGCAGCAGGAGAGGAACUCCAGCCUGGAUCAGUACGGCACACCAGAACCACAGAUCAUUAAAGAGGAACAGGAGGAACUGUGGAGCAGCCAGGAGGGGGAGCAGCUUCAGGGACUAAAGGAGGCUGGUGUCAAUAUGUUAAUAAUAACUCCGGUCCCUGUGAAGAGUGAAGAAGAGGGUGACGGAGAGGAACUUCAGUCCUCACAGCUUUAUGAAAACCAAACUAAAAAAAACAUCGACACAGAGUUUUUGAAAACAGAAGCAGGUUUAGCGGACUGUGCAGAAUCAGAACCUGACUUCAAUCCAGACAGUUAUUUACGACCCAUUUCUGAUGGAGAGACUUCUGAAUCUGAGACUGAGGCUGGUUUAACCACUCUGGAAAACAGUGAAGCACCUGUAGGUGAUGGACAUGUUACAGAGGAAACAUCAGUGAGCUUCUCCAGUUGUGCUACAAAGUCUGGACAAAAAAAUGAACAGCACAAAAAUAACAGAAUACAGAGGAAUGAAAAAACAUUCAGUUGCUCAGUUUGUAGUGCAACAUUUUCCACGAAAGAAUAUUUGUCUGUUCACAUGAAGUAUCAUACAAAAGAAAAAAAAUUCAGCUGCUCGGUUUGUAAAAAAAGUUUUCCAAGGAGAGUUGAGCUUAGGAGGCAUAUGAGAGUGCACACUGGAGAGAAACCCUUUGGGUGUUCUGUUUGUGGUAGAUGUUUCUCACAUAAAUUCAAUUUGUACAAACACUACCAGGUUCACACAGGAGAGAAACCCUUCAGUUGUUCCUUCUGUGGUAGAAAUUUUGCGCGGAAGUCAUAUUUGUCCAGACACUUAAAAGUUCACAGAGGAGAGAAACCCUUCAGCUGUUCAGAAUGUACUGCAGUUUUCCUCAACAAAAAUGACUUAGUCGUUCACAUGAGAACCCACACAGGAGAGAAACCGUUCAUGUGUUCAGUUUGUGGGAGAAGAUUUACACGAAGUGUAACACUGAAACACCACUUGAUGGUCCACAGAGGGGAGAAACCGUUUAACUGCAGUGUUUGUGAUAAAAGAUUCACCUUCCGCGCAGGUCUAAUCAAACACAAAUGUAAAGGGACUGUGUUAUCUUAAUGUGUGCUAAGACUUAACACCGUUUUUUUUCCCUGCUAAAUUAUGAGGUUGUCAGAGGUUGCAGAGAAAUUUCCACACAGAUCUGGCAAAGUCCCCUUUUUGAUUUGUACAAACCUGAAUAAUAAUGAGACUUACUGAGACUCACUUAAUUCGCCUUCCAGGAGAUGAUUGUUUAUCAGAGGAAACUCAUCCAAGACUGUAAUGUAUCAAGUACUGACAGGAAUUUUUCAAGAUGAAGAUGAAGAGGUCAAAUAUCUGCUUUAAAUUUGAUCCUAACAUUCAUGACAUGACCCCAUGCUUUAUCAAUCUGACACUGAUGUUUUCUCUGUGUUGCAACCACUUCAAAGUCAUCAGCACCCCAAUUAACGAUAACAGCAGAAAAUAGAAGAAUAGUUGUUAUGGUUUGUGGACUUUUCUUUGUUUAAAUUUAGCCCCAUAUUUGUGUGUUUCCAUCUUUCAGAAGAAGCGUCCUUGUGUUUUGGCAGGAAGACAGUCAGUAGAAACGGGAACUGUUCUGCUAAAAAUAAUAAAACUUAAAGAUCCUUGUAAAUUUACGCCUCAGAGACCCUUAAUACGCACCCAGAACUUGUACUCAGGAUUUUGACUCUCCCACUGAGAAUGUAGAGCUGACAGUAAGGCCUUGAUACUAUCCAUGGAAAGAUGUCAAUUAAAGCUUUUAGUUGUGUGUUUGGUUCUGCUGGUGUGUGGUUAUGUGUGUACAUGUUGAAACAUGUCUGGUAGUCUGAAAAUAAAGCUCACUGAUGCCCUUCUUACAGUUACUUGAACCUUGAAGGUUCACAUUCAGCUGUCAGUCGUAUCAGUGUAUUGUCCUUAAUUUUGGUUCUAACUAAAGUCUUGUCAUUAUAAGAACUCUGACACAGUAUCACAACAUGGUCUGUCUCUAAAGUAAGAUCACAUUAGA